AUGGAAGAUAUACCGAAUUCCGCCGAUCCCAAUAAUUUACCAUUGCUCAACUUUCAAUCGGAUGAUCUGUUGGAAAAACUAAAGUUACUAAAUUACGAAAAGAAUUUGCUAAGUGAAUUAAAAAUGAAGCCGCUGUCACGUUUCUAUUUCGUUAAAUCGACCAACCCUGGGGAACAGUUUUUCAUGUUUACCAUCAUCUGUUGGUGGUUGUGUCAAAAGUUGGGCAAGACACUGCAACGGCCACAGGAAUAUGAUGAUCCCAAUGAUGUUAUAAAUCGCAUAAUUGGAGUUCUCGAAGAAAUGGACGUGACCAUUGAUUUUGCACCGACAAAAUUAAUACGUGGCGCGGGGCACCAGUGUAUUUAUGUUUUGGACACAUUGGCCACACAGGCCAUUAAAGUUAUGAAAAUGUCCUGUCAACGUUUACACAUCGCCCAAGAGGAUGAGGUGGCCAAUGAUUAUUUGGAAGAUAAUGCGGAGAUUAUUUUGGAACGUAUCGAGGAUGAACAGAAUGAGGCAAUGAGUGAUGAUGAUAAUAGUGAAUUGGAUUUAAAUCAAAAUUCACUGAGGCAAUGGAGUCAAAGGAAGAGGAAUACUCAUCAGGCGAAUCAACUACUGGAUAAUGAGGGAAAUAGUUUACAGGUGACAGAUAAGUUGACAGAUCAACAGUCAUGGCGUUUGGAAUUUGAACAAGUUCUGCCACACCUAAAAGUGUAUGUGAGAAGUGAUGUGCGGGACUGGAGGGCACAUAUGAAUCAAAUGGAUUCGUUGAAGUCGAGUAUAACAGAGGCCACCGAAAGUACCCAACUGGAGUUGAAGAAACUCCACAAUGAAUUCACCUUCACUUUAGAGAAAAUUGAGAGUCGUGAAAAACACUUAAAUAAUGAGCUGCAUAAUUUAAUAACCCAAUAUAAGGAUGUCUCCAUUGAAUUGUCGAACAUCCAAUAUGCCCAUAAUCAGGUGUUGGAAGAGACUGAGCGUUCUGUGGAUCAGUUGAAAUCUGUGAUAGCUGAAAAUGACAACAAGAAGGCGGAAAUGGAAAGGAGAGGGCAAAUGAUGUCGGAUAGUAGUUUCGUAAUGACCAUCAAGAAAGCUGUGGCCAAACUCAAAGACGAUGUGGCCCAUUUGAAUUUGGAAGUGGCCCUGUUGGUUAAUGGCAUUGAUCGUGAUAUACUAAAGCAUACUGGACCUUCUGUGGAAAUUGAAAAAUUUUAA